AUGGACCUGCGGCUGAACGGACUCGGCAAAAAUGACUCGAUCAGCAACGGGGCUGAGGGCCACUCUAGCUCUAAUGGCAAUCAUGUCAACGACUCCAAUGGCCACCAUCAUGGGGACGACGACAUGGAGGAGGACCUGGAUGAGCUGGGCCAAAUUUCGCCCUCAAGUCGACGGCGGAGCACCAGGGCCAGUGCCAUUAAGGCGGCAGAGAAGAUCAAAUACAAAGAUGACUUUCUGCCGGAGGGGACUCCUGGCCAUGAUGAAGAUCUGAAAGAUGACAUGGAAGAUGGCCCCUCAAAUCCCGCACCAAAAAAGCGAAAACUUGAGGACGGACGUGCCUUGAACCAGUUUAGCCAUCGCUUUGGAAUCCGAUUGGAAGAGGGGGCUGUUUACGCAUUUUCCGACGACAGCAUCAUUUCCUCCCUUAACGAGCAAGAAGUCGAUGUUUUGCGGAAAAAUUAUGAAAAGGCAAAAGCUCGCGAGCCGACCGACGAACAGAAAGAGGAGCGAAUUCGGCUAUUACGUCAGGCGGAGAACGAUCUCCAACUCGAGGAGUCGAAACUGCUGAUGUUGAAGCGUGUGAUGAAGUCGACGACGGAGCCGAACAGGGCACAGAAUACGGCAAAUCAGAAGGUGAAGUGUAACGACAAGGCCUACCAGCCGGUCAGCGCCAAGCCGACAAACCAGCCCCAAAAUUUGUCCAACAAAGAUAAAGGCAACGCUAACGCUAAGAAGUCGGUGCUGAACCAUGCAUUAUCUGGGGCACAGCUAGAAGAGGUCUUGAAAAAGGCGCUCAAACUGGACCGGGCCCAGCUCCAGCAGCUGAUCAUGGCUGGAGGCCAGGAUAUUACGGCAUUGCUGCAAAAGGCGGUACAAGCAGCCCAGCGACAGCAGCAGCAACAACAACAACAACAGCAAAUGCAUCAACAGCAGCCGCAACAGCACCAGCAACAGUCCAGUAGUUCCAAUGGGCCGUCAAGCUCAUCGGCGGCUGCUGCUGCCUCGACUUCAGCUGCAGCCACGGCCAGCUCGUCAAACGCCUCCGCCAUGCCUGUGAAUCCGUUGACAGCUCAAACACCGCAGCAGCGUGCCGUCGCCGCCAGACAAGCAUUUCGCCGUCAAGCUGAUCAGCAGUUGUCUCAGGUGGCCAUCCCUCCAAAAGCCCCACCUCACAACAUCGACUUCAUCCCCCAAGCAACCACCGCCGACUUUUGCCUGUUACUUGGGCUUGAUCAUGUCGUCCAGCGGUUACUCAAGGACAAGGUGGUCGAGAACCCCGUUUCCGAGAAGCCGUACGAAUGUGAGGAAUGCAAGACUGAUUUCACAACCGUCUGGCGGGCUAUCGGCUCCAAUGAAAACGAUAUGCACCUCUAUUGUGACGCCUGUGUGAAGAAGGCGCAGAAGCGAAAGCUGCGCGCCGACCACACCGCCAACAUGAAGAAGAUCUUCAACAAGUUCAACGCCCAGGAGAAGGACUUUGAGAAGCAGAUCGCCGACGGCAAGCUGGAAGCUGCGCUGGCCGAGGCCGCUAAGGCCCAGGCUGCUCAGCAAGCCGCUAGUCUGCCCAACCGGACAGCCACCCCUCAGCCGAAGCCCCAGCCGACGUUGCCAACCCCUCAAGCUCCACCAAAGCCCGCGGCCACGCAGAAUACCACGCCCAGCUCGACGACAUCGUCGCGUAACCGCAACAACCAAUCGCAGCAGAUGAACAAUCAGUUUUCCAAUAUGUCGCCGGCUCAACUCCAAAUGUUUGCCAAUAUGGCGCGCGCCAAUCCGAUGGCCGCUGCAAUCAUGCAGACGGGGAUGCAGAAUCCACAGCUAUUGGCCCAGAUGAUGCAGAUGCAGUGGAAUCCGAUGAUGAUGGCCGCGGCUGCUACUCAACAGGCUCGCCUCGCUGCUGCCGCUCAAUCCCAGCAAGCCAACACCAACAACAUGACGGCCAUGCUGCAAGCGGCCCUGCAGCAACAAUCCGCUGCCGCUGCAAAUACGGCCAGCAGUGGGACGAGCAGCCAACAUGCGGCCGCAUUGGCUGCCCUUCAGGCGAUGGCACAGAGCAACAAUUCUGCCUCUACCUCGGCCACCAACAACCAUCAGGCGGCGCAGCUAGCCCAAUUACAAGCUGCCGGGCUGACGCCUGCCGUGAUGAUGUCUAUGGGACCCGCGUUGUUUCAAAAGCUCGCCCAGCUGAACGGGACGGCGAAGAAGAAA